UGGGUCGUCAGUGCGAAAAGUUUUUUGCGACCAUUUAGUAGCCGCAAUGGAGUCGAAAAUUUGCUUGUUCCUGUGUAUUAUCGUGAUGGCGAGUAAUAUAAAGGCCUUCGUGAUAAACGAGCAAGACAAACAAAAGAUCAGCACUGAUCUGCUGGAUGCGUUCCAGCAUGCCCUGGACGAGAUGAGGAAGUGCCUUGACCAGAUGAUGGCAAAGACAGUUGAUCAGGUCAACACGCAGGCUCUGGAACCGGUGUUCACGGCAGUUGGUGAUAACCUGGAUAGGAUCACUAAAGCGAUCCAUGCGUUCGUAAAACGAGACGCUCCCGCCGCAGGGGAUUCAACCCAGGAUGCUUUUAAGAAGAUCCAGGACUCGCUCGGCGAGUUUGGCAAGGACUUAAGUGAGAAGGCCGGCGAAAUACUGAACCCGGAAAACAUUAAAAAGAACUUUAAUGAACUCGUUGACAGCAUUAACAAAGGGAUCGAGGGCAUGAAAACACCAAAUCAGUAAUUCGUGUCGAGAAGAUUAAGAAGAAUAUACUUCUAUCGUCCUACACACUAUAAAAAUUCUGAAUACUUUUUGCAAACUGUAAUAAAAGGUUUAUUCAGUU